UGGAGGGCUGCGGCGUGCUCCCACAGAGAGAUGAGGCAUGGGGUUGACGGCUGGUGAGGGUAGCCCGAGUAAGGAAUCGGAAAAGCCUGUGUAUGCGCUUGCAUGAAGUUAGGUAGAAAUGUUGACCUUUUGCCACCUACCGGGCGUCCAGAUCCAGACCGUCCUGAUUCCAGAGAGUCUUUUAUAAGAGCACAAAACGAGAUUGACAGUGAGUGCUUUUGGCUGCCUGAGCUCAGUUGUGUGUGUGUUUGUGCUAACCCGCACUCCUUGGACCCGGUCCCUGUCAGAUAUGGAGACCCAACAGGCCAAGACCACAGACGAAUCCAAAACCGGAGCCGAGGGUACAGCCGGAGAUGAAGAGCUGGCAAAAGCUAUCAUGGCUCGGCAUUUCCGUCCAUCUCUCAUAGUCACAGAGGCCUGGGAAGGCUACACCUUUGCUAACCUUGAGAUCCGCAUUAAGGAGUCCACAGAUCUGUAUGGAGCUGUACUCUGGCCCUCGGCUCUAGUGUUGUGUCAUUUCUUGGACACCAACCGUGACAAGUACAACCUGACAAACAAAAAUGUCAUUGAGCUUGGUGCUGGAACCGGACUGGUCACCAUAGUGUCCAGCCUGCUAGGUGCUAAGGUUACUUCAACAGACCUACCGGAUGUGUUGGGAAAUCUUCGGUACAAUGUCCUCCGGAACACCAGAGAGCGCUGCCAGUACACUCCCUCGGUCACUGAGCUUACUUGGGGCCAGGAGCUGGAGCAGCGCUUUCCGCGGGCCACCCAUCAUUUUGACUACAUCCUUGCGGCUGACGUUGUCUAUGCCCACCCGUUCCUCGAUGAGCUGAUGGAGACAUUUGACCACCUGUGUCAGGAAGGCACACAGAUUUUGUGGGCGAUGCGCUUCCGUCUGGACCCCGAGAAUAGUUUCGUGGGGCGAUUCCAGAGACGCUUCAACCUGGAGGUGCUGUACGACCUUCCCAGUCUCAGCAUCCAGCUAUACCGAGCCUGGAGGAAAGACAAGCGGACCGAGCCCAGCUCGGGAGAGGACGCUGCAUGAUCUUUCACCCGAGGAGGCUGAUGGACUUUGUGUGAUUUUGUGUGUGUGUGUGCGGGCACGCGUGUGUGGGUGCGACCAUUGUUGUGUAUGUUUGAUUGCAAUUACUCAAAUAAAUUCG